UUUCAUGAUUGUACGAUUAGACAAAAUCAUUCGAUAAUUUCUUCGCGAGUAUCUCUGAGAUCACAAAAAACUGUAUGAACAGCCAUGGACAAGACUGAGGCCAGCGUGUACCUAUCACAAUUCAUCGGAAAGAAUCUCCGAAUUCAUACCUCUGACAACCGUAUAUUCGGCGGACAAAUGAAAUGCACAGACAAAGACCGUAAUAUCAUACUGGCACUUACGUAUGAGUAUCGAGCACCGCCUCCCGAGACCAUCAAGAAGGCUGUUGAGGAGAGUGGAAAUCCAUCGACGCCUGUGAGCUGGAACAGCCGCUAUGUGGGUCUCGUCGUCGUCCCCGGUGCUCAUGUCAAGAAGAUUGAGUUCGAAGAGAGUGGCUAUGGGAAGAGCAACGUCGUGCUAUGAAGACGUAUCAGAUACGCUGGAAGUAUCUUAUCGACACCCGCUGUACCCAUGCAUGAGAAGGGAGGCGGCUCCCCUGGAUGAGAACGAUUCCUCACGUGAUGCUGCUGGGGCAUCAGAAGCGGCCCCCUCUGUAGGAAGAACAUUGACUUGCAUCGGUCGCCAUGUCUGGGAAAGAAGUUCUUCGCAACACAAAGAACUCGAUCGUUUUCUGGCUUUGCAGAAAUGGUUGGGAUCAGUCACAUGCAAUCUGGCUUCGGCAUGUGAGCAGCGUUCUGCCAAAGACGUUCCGUACUUUUGGAUCCCAAUCAUCGCAUGAGACCAAGGUUGGCUACAUUCUAGACAAUAUCGCGGCUUACUGGCUCACAGAAUAUUGAAAUUCAGUAGUCAAAUAUUGAGCUAGGUACUAUACAGUCAUACAUGAACCACAAGACGCUUGCAAUGUUGAGGUUCAACAAUCAAUACUUCUGUGUAUAUAAAACCUGCAUUUCCCU